GAGGUAUCAACCAUGACGUUGGUAUGCAUCACGACGCUUGACUCUCUAGAGCAGUGCGUCAUACUAAAGAAGGAUCAGGCAAGUGCUGAGCAAAAUGACUUCCACGCGAUGAUCUUUCAAUGCUGUGUUCGCAGACCGUCUUGAUUCGUACCGCAAUUGGAGGUGUCAGGUUCGCUGCAAUACCAGUGACCAAGCCCACAGAUGCAGAGAUCUUUGUGACGGUCGGAAAUGAGGAGAAGAUUCGGUUUGUUAUGGAGAAUCAUGGCAUUGCCCCAGAUGGCAUCUUCAGCUCCCGAGACGAGCUUUUCAAGGACGAGAUCCUGAAGGCCACCGACAGGUUGGGUGUUGAUCUCGUCCUAAAUUCAUUCUAGGAGAGAUUCUCCACGCUCUGUGGAAAUAUGUUGCAAAAUAUGCUGUAAAGAUGGCCGUUGACAGUGCC